GCAGAGUGAGCUGCCAGAGUCUGCCACACCUUAGUCAGGCACCAGACACCAGCGUUCAGUUUGAAAGCAUCAGCAAUAGCGGCAAGUCCUGUGUGUGGUGUGUUCGUGGCAAGCACAGUCCUCUAGUAGCAGCAACGUGCCAUGGCAGAAGACUCGUCCUUCAUCUGGCUCCGGCCAGCCACUGAAAUCGAGGAACUAAUGGACUGCGCUAACAAGAAAGGAUUUGUCGUCACCGUGUAUGGGCUGACGCUGCGCACCAGUGCUCCUCUCACUGACAGUCAGAUCGAAAAAACGCUUCAUCACCUUUUCAGGAAAGUGCCCUGCCUGAGGACGUGCUUCAGGAAGCGCGGGGACACCCUGUGGGCGUGUGACAUGAACCGCGAGCAGCUCGAUUUCCAGGUUAUGGACACGCAGGAGUUAGUGCCGGCUGUGGAAGCGUUGUUUCAUUACCACUUUCCCACCACCGAGGGUCCAUUGUGGUGCGCGCGCCUCCUUCCUGCUGGAACCCCUGGCUGCUGUUCUCGACCGGAUCUGGUGGCUGCCUUCCCCUACAGCCGCACACUACUGCUGGCCAACCAUCACGGCAUCGCUGACGGCACAACAAACAUGUUUGUGACUGACGCAUUCCUCCGUGUGUUGGACGACGUGCUCGCCAGCAAGCCCGUGGACGACACAACGCAACUUGGUAGGUUGACAACCGGGGAGGAGACCAAAGCUUUACUGACGGCAAAAAUGCAGGAACUGACGAAGGAUCAAGAUCGCCUCAAGAAGUUGCAAAGGGACUUAGAAAAGGCACAUCAGUCAGAGAAACUUAUUCCACGUGUUUAUCCGAUGUUCAAACAUCCUAAAGCCAAGUUCCAGGCAGUUCUGCGGGAUCUAGAUAAGGAGAGUACCCAGAGCUUCAUCAGAAAGUGCAGGGAAGAGGGAGUCACGGUGAACAGUGGGCUGGCGGCGGUGUUCAGCGUAAGCCUCGUCGACUUCGUGCGGGAAGGAGGUCUGGAGCAGGACUUUUACUGCAUCAGAGAUCGGAUUCCAGUUAACAUGAGACGUUAUUGGCAAGGUGACACCUCCGGGACCUUAGGUGUUCACUGCAUGGUAUUGCAGAACACCGUCUCGACGCCAGCCAGUUGGCGGGACAACUUCUGGGGCUAUGCCAGAGGCAUACAUAAAAACAUUAUUCAAGCUAUUAAAAAAAACGACGCAUUGUUGCAAACCAUGGCAGUUAAGUCAGAUUGCAAUUUGGAGAAUGUCUUUGAAGAGCAGCCGACACCAGUGUGUGACUAUGGGAUGAGCAACAUGGGAAACUCAGACGGCCUCAUACAGACGGAGGGUCAGCACGUACGGCUGGUGCAUCUGGUCACGGCCACCUCGUGCUGGAACAGUCCCACGUACCACAUGUUGCACACACUACGUGGCUGUCUCAUGUACAGCUUUCUCUACAACAGCGACAUCCUCACGCGGGGAAAUGCCCAGAAACUGGUGGAUAAGACCUUUGAAAACCUGAUGGCCGUGACGAAGAUGUGAACAUUAACACUUCAGUGACGCUCAGCUGUUCCCCUCUUAUACACUGAAUAUCCUCGAUCUGUCCUUUAUUAAAUCAAAACAGAAAACUUCACAUACCGUCUCUCGCUAAAACAUCAACUAUAAACUUUUAAGUUCUGAGUUGUCUCCGAUUGUUUUUUUUUUUCAAAUCCGCUCACGUCCUCCACCCCAAAUUGCAGACUGUACAGGGACUCAUGCAUGAAGUACAAGUACACUUCACAAAUAGCGGGUGGUGUUCCACUUACGAUUCUCUCUUAAACAAGGUAAAAUAAGUAUUUUUCAUCAGUUCAUCUCCUCUAACUGACUAUCUUCAUCCUCUCUCUCUUCAUCGUCCUCUGCCACCGGUCCUUUUACAUAAAAAAAACAUUGUGUCCAGUAAACCUCAUUGUUGUCCUAUCCAAAAGAUAAACUAAGAGGGGCAAUGUUCUUUACGCCACAAGAUCACCAUCGCUAUGUCCUUUCUGUCAACUUACUUUCUCCGCUCUUUCUCUCCCAGCGACCAUUUUUAUCAUGGUGCACUUAGUUUCUGCUCUGGUCAGCACUUGAAAAAUUAAAAAAGUGACUCGCUAACGAGAUGGAGGUUCAUAAAUAUAAAUAUUUUUCAUCUUGGUCUUCUAUUCCUGCAGUUUUAUUGUCUUCUAUGUAAAUUAUAUUUAGAAACCUUCCAUAGAAAAUAUAAGAAUCUUCUAGUUAAUAUAGCAACUGGUGCACAUCUUAAAUUCUCACUAACGCACAUAAUGUCUUCACACGUGUAUUGCAGUGCACACAGUUAAUUAUGCCAUGCGAUGUGUGUAUAGGUAAACAGUACAUCGUCGUCCGUUUGCCAGUGUGGUGUGCCGGUCCGCAUUGAUUUAUUCUCCCCUGCUUUGUUAUCAGUGACGGUGGAUUCACAGUCCGUGUAAGCAGCGAAAAGACAUGCACCAUAACAAAUGAUGUGGUGAAGAGGAGACUGACAAGUACAUAAAGCAGACACAUUUCAUCCGAGGGGAGGGAGGGGGAGUCAUAUGCGCAAAAUAUUAUGAUUACUUACGAGUAAUCUCCCUGCACACACACACACACACACACACACACACACACACACACACACACACACACACACACACACACACAGACACACACACAUAGACACGGUCAUGCCCCAAAGUACGUAGGGACCGAACAAGACUAGAACCAGAAGGUCGAUCUGCUUCCGUUUCCAACAAAACGCUAGUCUCUACACUUAAAGAAUAACUAUAACGAUCUUUCUUCCUUUGGGUCGUAACAAAAGUGGCAUAUCCAGUUUAAAUUUAGAUGUGGUUGCAUGGUGUUGUUCAUGAUCCAGUAUUUCUCACUAUGCAAUAAAGUUAACAUGUACUAAA